UUGCUUGGAAACGAGGACGCAAAUUGUUUCCUUGGAGUUGCAGAUACAACUUUGGAACCGCAAACAAUAGGAUACAAUGUAAUGUGGAAGAGGAAGUAAUGAAUUGACUUUAAAAAAUAUUUUUUCGGAGUUUGAAUCGCCUUAGGAAGCGACUGCAUGAGAAACAUGGCAGAGGAAAUGGACCAGAACCCCGAGGCCGAGGAGAACGCCUUUGCGACGCUGGAAAAAAGGUUCCAAGAAGUUCUUCACGAGCUCCUUGGCGACAAAAACCUGGAAAAAUACCGGGUCGAGUACGAAAAACUCGCCAAAGCCCUGAAGAAGUCUCACGAGAGUGAGAACAGACUCAUGACAAAAUGCAGGGAGUUAUCGGCGGAGAUAGUGUCCAACAGAGUAAAAGUAGACGCAGCUCGCAAGCUGUCAGAAGAAGACAAAUCAGUCGCUGAUACCUUGAAAAAGGAGGUAGAAAAGGCAUGGAAAAUGGUGGAUGCAGCCCAUGACAAGGAACUGACCAUGAAGGAAACCAUUCAGAAUUUGAAGCAUGACAUUUCAAACCUGAAUAAACUUAUUGAACAAGGAGCCGGUGUGGCGAGUGGUCAGGAGCACAGUUUGAAAGACUUGUUGAAAAUCAAAUCUGACCUAACAAAGGAACGAGAUGAACUCCUGACCGAAGUAGCAAAUAUACGAGACAGUCUUACGAAAGCAAUCGCCAGUCAGCAAGAGACGGAAGCAACGAAAGCUCAGGCCGCGGAAACUAUAUUGCAGCUGCAGCAGGACAUCCAGGUGCGGCAGAACGAGUGUUCGCGGGAGACGCGCAGGAGGGAGCGGCUGGAGAAGGAGGCGCGGCAGCUGCAGGCGGACCUGGAGGCGCGGCAGGCGGAGGUGAAGGUGCUGAGCGCGCAGGGGCUGCGCAGCCGGGAGGAGCUGCAGCGGCUGGAGCAGCAGCUGCGCGAGCAGAAGAUCCUGAACGAGAGAGCGGCCAAGGAGCUGGAGCAGCUGCAGGUGCGCAACGGGAAGCUGCAGCAAGAGAACGAGCAGAACGCCCAGAGUGUGGAGCAGCUCGCCCUGGAGAACCAGCAGCGGACCGCGGACCUGAAGAUGAAAGAGGACGAGCUGAAUCAGAUGCGUCAGGAGGUAUCCAAACUAACCAAGACGAGGGAGGCCACCCAGAGGAGGCUGCGGCAGGCGGAAGAUCAGAAGGGGGAGGCGGAGCAGCAGAGGGACACGGUGAAGAAUCAGAUCGCCGGGCUGGAGAGAGAGAUGGAAUCGUGUAAAAAGCAGAUGGAGAUGGAUAAGAAAGCCAUGGAGGAACUGGUGCGAGAGAGGGACCUCUUGAACAAGAACCUGAUCAAGGCCACGAGCGCCACGGAGAGGCAGGUGAACGAGGUGAAGCUCCACGAGCAGUCCAAGAAGCACCUGGAGCACGAGAUCGUCAACUACCGGGACGAGGCGCAGAAACAGCGCAAGAUCAUCUACCAGCUGGAGAAGGAGAGGGACCGCUACAUCAACGAGGCCAGCGACCUCACGCAGAAGGUCCUCCAGCACAUGGAGGACAUCAAGGUGAGGGAAAUGGAGAUCUUCGACUACAGGAAGAAGAUCGCGGAAGCCGAGACCAAGCUCAAGCAGCAGCAGAACCUGUACGAGGCCGUGAGAUCCGACAGGAACCUCUACAGCAAGAACCUCAACGAAGCUCUGGUGGAGAUCGCGGAGAUGAAGAGGCAGCUGAAGAUCAUGAACCACCAGGUGGACCAGCUGAAGGAGGAGAUCGGCGGGAAGGAGUCGGCCCUGGUGAAGGAGCACCUGGAGUUCCAGCGCGUGGAGAAGGACAAGGAGGCGCUGAAGACGGAGCUCCAGAAGAUGAAACAACAGGUUCAAGAGACAAAACAGUUCAUCGCCAAUCAGGAGGCGGAGGAGAGAAAGCUGCUCAAGAUCAUAGACGACGCUGACGCUGAGCGGCUCAGACAGAAGAAACAGUUGGAUCAGGUAAUCAGCGAGCGUGACGUCCUGGGGACGCAGCUGGUGCACCGCAACGAGCAACUGGCCCUGCUGUACGAGAAGAUCAAGAUCCAGCAGUCCAUGCUGAACAAGGGCGAGCUGCAGUACAGCCAGAGGGUGGAGGACAUCAGGCUCCUAAAGCUGGAGAUCAAGAAGCUGAGGAGGGAGAAGGGGAUCCUGACCAAGACGGUGGCCAACGUCGAAGACCUUCGGUGUGAGGUGUUCCACAUGCAGAAGGAGCUCCUCAGGGAACGCACAAGGUGCCAGGCCUUGGAGGAGGAGCUGGAGAACCCAAUGAACGUCCAUCGAUGGAGGAAACUGGAGGCUUGUGACCCCAGCACCUUUCAGCUGAUCCAGAAGAUUCACUCCCUGCAGAAACGUCUGAUAACAAAGAGCGAGGAGGUGGUGGAAAAAGAGCUUUUACUGCAGGAGAAAGAGAGGCUCUACGUGGAGCUGAAGCACAUCCUCGCCCGGCAACCAGGGCCUGAGGUUGCCGAGCAACUUCAGGUGUACCAGCACGCUCUGCGGGAGAAGACCAAGCAGCUGAAGGCGCUGUCGUCCGAGCUGAGCAUGUGCGAGUCGCAGACGCAGGAGUGCAGGAGCCAGAUGGAGCGAUUGGAUCACGAGCUGCAGAAUGUCAAGAAGAAGUACCUGGCCCAGAAGCGCAGAGAACAGCAUUCCAGGGAGAAGGACAGGAGCGUGGCUCAGAUGGGACAGCCUCUGAUUCAGCCGCAGCGGACGGACGGCCCCCGCUUCACCGGGGGGGGCUUCAGCCUCAAGCAGCCGGGGAGAAUCGCGGCAUGAACACCCCCCCCCCCCCCCCCC